AGUCGUUAAUUUCGAUCUUUCUGAUUUGCAUAAUGACCGGAAUCAGUGCGAUCGAAGGAUAAACAUUCGGUUAUAUAUGAGGACGAUCAUUCAUUUUUAUUUGUGUCCGGCAGAGUUCGAGAGAAAGAAAUAAUCUAAAAUGGCUUUGAGGUUGUUCGCUGCUGCUUUUCUCCUGAUUUCCAUCGUCAACGUUUUGGCGAUACCAGAGGAGAUGCUCGAGUUGGCAAGAUCUUUGCAUAAUGCCUGUCAGGCGGAAUCUGGAGCGGCCGAAGAGCUAAUAUCGAAGGCGCAGAAAGGAGAUUUCACUGAUGACCAGAAUUUGAAAUGCUACAUCAAAUGUUUAAUGAACGAACUGGCAGUGAUGGAAGAUGAUGGAACGGUGGAUGUCGAAGCUGUGAUCGAGUUUUUGCCCGAAGAGCACAGAAAGGACGUCGAACCGGCAGUAAGGAAAUGCGGCACUGUAGUUGGAGCUGAUCACUGCGAGAACGCCUGGUUAACGCACAAAUGUUAUUAUGAGAACGCACCAGACAAUAAAUUCAAUGAUAGAAACAAAAUAAAAAUUGAUAUAACGAACGGUGGGGAUCGUUCUAUAAAAACCUCAGAUCGGAUUACAAAAAUUCGUAAAUCUUUGCAAUCGAAACGUCCGAAGGUAACACAAGAUAAUAACAAAAAUAUGUCGCAUAUCGUUGCCGUUUGUUUAGUGCUGAUUGCGUCUGCAACCCAAAUCAUGUCGAUGUCUGAAGAAUUGAAGGAACUUGCAAAUAUGCUGCACGAAGAAUGUCAGGGCGAAAGCGGCGUUCCUGAAGAAUUGAUUGUUAACGCAAGGAAAGGUGAUUUUUCCAGCGACAACACUUUAAAAUGUUACAUCAAAUGUCUGAUGACUCAGAUGGCUGUUAUCGAAGAUGAUGGUACUAUAGACGAGGAGGCCAUGAUCGCAAUCAUUCCAGAAGAAUACAAAGUAAUGGCUUCCAGAGUCAUCAAAACUUGCGGAACUAAACGUGGAUCUGAUGUUUGCGACACGGUUUGGUUGACGCAUCAAUGUUAUUACAAAGAAGCACCUGAGGGUUAUUAUUUACCUUAAGAUUUGAGGUAUUUUCAAUUAUAUACUUUAAUCCAAACAAAAACUAUAAAUUUGUUACUAAUAAAGCAAACAAG